UUUGUAGAUGUUCAGGCCUCUUUCAGGGGGGAGGAAGUUUGAAGGCGACCCGCGGGCAACAGGAGACCCUCACAUCUCUACCCAGCUCGGCUCAGAAGCCACUAAGUUCCCCAACUCGUUCUGCGUGUAUGAGUUUAGCUGUGCUUUGGUAUUUUCCGCUCAAAUUGAAGGAUUAACUUUUCUUAUUGUGGACUUAAAGCUUGGUUGAAUCAACCGAGUUACCGCUCGGCUGAUUACAUUUCCAGCGGGCAGCCGUGCAUCCUUUCCGGGAAGAGUCUCGCAGUGAACACGAAAUGGUUGGCAGGUUAAACUUGCCAAAUGUAUGUGAAGGAGAUCCACUGGAUAUGAGCUGCAGGAGUGACAGAGGACUCGACAGCCCGGACUCGGGGUUACCUCCGAGUCCGAGCCCCAGCGGCUGGCUGCUGCCUGUGUGUGCGGAGAAAGCCGGGGCCGUCAGCCCGGUGUCUGAGGACGAGGAACGGGGCUCCCUGGUUCAAGUUCUACCCACCGGACCUUUCCAGCAGCUUCAGCCUUUGUCCUUUGGGGAAGGCAUAUCGCUUGAUCCACUACCAGCCAAGGAGAUAAGAUACACUUCAUCCGUGCACUACGACUCCGACCGCCACUUCAUCCAGAAUGUGGACCUGCAGCCGAUCGGUCAGGGUCUUGAGCACUGCAGGCAGACCAUCAUGGCCAUGCCAAACAGUACCUGGCGCCACUACAAGACACAGCUGGACUUCCAGCCUCGCCAUCGGCUGCAGCACUUCAAGAGCACCACCAUCAUCUACCCCAAGAAAACCAGCGCUGUUUACACAACAGAGCUGAGCUAUGACUGCCACCGGAUAUUGAGACGGUUCCUCUCCAGUGUGGAACUGGAGGCUGCUGGACGGAGAGAGAUACCGCAGUGAGGGAGAAUGGGAGCAGGUGCCUGAGGUUAUUCCCAUGACUUUUAUACUGUAGCUCCCCCAGGGCUGGCUUCCAUUGACCUGCUGUGUUGUCUUUUUACAGUUCUAGCCUGCACAGGAUGCACGUGUGCUGUUAUAUGCAUAUCAGACAUGAGAAGACAUGGACAAAGUUGGUGAAAUAUGUAGUCAGUCAUUUUCUUAGUGUGUUCACAUCUGCAAAAGGAUGGAUACUUCAUGAAAUGCUUCAUUUUGCAGCAUGCUCACAUUUGAUUUGUUUGUAUUGACUGUAGAGUUGACUCAUUGGGACAGAGAUAAGAAGAAUAUUUAUUGCCCACAGCAAAGUCACUCUUCUGGUGUCAUAUGAAGUUUGAAGAGUGGCUGGCUUUACAUUUUCACAAUAAGACCUUCUUUGCUUCAGAGAACACGUUGUAAUCAAACAAAAUGAGUGCUUUCAAAUCUGCUAACUUAUAAUAUGGUUCACUGCAACUAGUAUGUACGAGAGGAAAAGUAAUGAAAUGUGGUGCUGCAGUUUGGAUGCAUGCUUACCUCUCGACAUUUUACACAGAAUGUGGUGAAAUAUUUCCUCACGUUUUGUUUCUUCACAGGGUAUUGUGUAUUUCAGCAACAUUAGCACACGCUGAGCUUUCUCAGAGACUUCUCUCUGGUCAUUUACAAGGCUGGGAAUCAUAAUGUCAUGUUAGGAGGUUGGUAAAUUAAGGAAUUUAUCAUUUCUGUGUGAUGCAAAGAGUAAACUGAUAAAGUAGGUAGUAUAGAUUGCAUAGUCUAGUGUGGUGUUCAUUGAAAAGUGGAUAGGCCUUUUUUUAACAGUCACUGGCUUACUAGUGAAAAUCCCAAGCUGCCUUCACUUUCCUUCGCUGACUUGGAUUGAAAUUGUAUUUAUUGUGUUGAACUUUUAAGUUCUAAAUUUUAUCAGCUGAUAAACGGGUCUCUCCACAGCCAUGGCAAGGGAUUGUUUUAGAUGCUCUUCAUGCCUUUUGAUGUAUCUGUUGUUGCCUCUUUUUUUAUAUAUAUAUAAGACACUUAUUGGGUGCCAGUUUGAAAUAAAGUGUUCAUGAGUCUAA